AUGCGCAAUGAUAUUUUAAGAAUUCCGAUACCAACAGAGCCCGAUGAUCCCAAGUUGGACCCGAACGUCGUCUGUCGAACGUAUCCGGACUUGACCCCGGAACAGUUCGAAAUGUGUCUCCAAUACCCGGAUGUAGCAGCGUCUGCCAUCCAGGGGAUCCAGAUCGCCAUGCAUGAAUGCCAACACCAGUUCAUGGAUCACCGGUGGAACUGCUCUUCGUUAGAAACUAAGAAUAAAAACCCGCAUUCUAGCCCGUUCUUAUCAAGAGCAGGAUUCCGAGAGACCGCUUUUGCCUAUGCUAUCUCUGCAGCGGGGGUGACCGCACAAGUUGCAAAAGCAUGUGCCAUGGGAAAACUAGUAUCCUGUGGAUGCGACAGUAGAAUCCAAGGAAAAAUAAACCCUACAACCAAAAAAUGGGAUUGGGGAGGAUGCAGUCAUAACGUCAAUUUUGGAGAAAGUUUCACAGAAAAGUUUCUGGAUUUCAAGGACAUUGUUCAUUCCGACAUCCGGGCCCAAAUAAAUUUACACAACAAUAGGGCCGGGAGACUGUUAGUGACACGUGGCGUGCGGACGCAGUGUAAAUGUCACGGGAUGUCAGGGAGCUGUGAGCUGAAAACGUGUUGGAAGGCUACCCCACCGUUUCGCAAUGUCGGCAACGAGCUCAAGCAAAAAUACCACAUGGCUACUAAGGUUGACACGACUAAUUCAGCAAAAGGACGCCUGGUGCCUGCUUAUAAAGGAUUUAAGCGUGGUCCUUUCAAAACGGACCUUGUGUAUAUAGAAAAGUCCCCAACAUUUUGUGAACCUAACCCAAAGCUGGACUCUCCAGGUACGGUGGGGAGGAUUUGUAACAGGAGCAGCACGGGGAUGGACAACUGUGACUCUCUCUGUUGUGGGCGAGGUUAUGACACUGUACGGAUGAAAAGGACGGAGAAAUGUGAUUGUAAAUUUCAUUGGUGCUGUUAUGUGAUCUGUAAAACGUGCACGUACAACGACUGGGUAACAGUGUGCAAGUAACUGGGACUCCCAUAGGAAUUACUUGUGCGCCAUCAGUUAAACAUUUUUUCAGUGAUAUUUGGCACAAAGUGUAUGCGGUGGCGAUUCACUGCUUUAUGGAGAGAACGGAUUGUCGUGUCUUUUACCGAAAAUAUUAUGGAUCCUGACAGACUAUAUGCGCCACUGGUAGAGGUAGUGAUGGGGGAGAUUUCACCUGAAAGUUUUGAAAUGUUUUCUUCUUUUCAAAGGGACAUCGUUUAUGCCUUACGCACCAUAUCAAAAGUGACUUCGUUCGAAGAGAGAUCUCUAUUCACAAGGGAAUUAAGUCCAGACGAGGGUUUUUUCAUUCACAAGCAAUAGAACUGGAAAAGAUUUACAUGGAUGAAUAUUUCCUAAUGUGUCGAAGUUCCAGAAGAUGGAAUAUAUUGUUAGAACUUUGAGAAUUCAUGCGAAUUCUAAUACGAGUUUUGGUGGACGGAUGAUGGGACGUCAUAAAAGCGGUGUUGUGCGUAUGCGUUUGCAAUGGAUUUGUGACCACCGUUUGAACGCAUGAAAAUAUAACCUAAACCUAAAUAUUUUAUAUGUGUAUAUUAUACAUCAAGAUGCUCAAGGGUUCAAACACAUAUUGUUAUAUAUUAAUUGUAAUGUUAUUUGAGAACUGCCCGUUUAUUUUUUUCUUACUUCUCACCCUUUGUGUUUUUGUCGACAAAAGGUGACUCGGUUAUGUCAUCUUAAAUAUCUGUGUUUUACAUUAAUUUUGGUUUAAGAGGAAUGAUUACAGGAUUCAUUACACGUGCAUACUCUUCAAACUUUUCCACGCCCAAAUCACUUGUACAGUCUAAGUCGUCAAGGAUAAACAGUCCAUUUUAGUACGUUAAACAUGAUGGACUUUACUACGUGAAAUAGUUGCUUUACAGAUUCAACGUUCCUUUUUGUAUAAUUUCUAUUAAGUUAUACUCUGUACAGAUACGUUAUUUAUUUGCUUUUUACUGUGUACAGUUUGUAAAUAAAAAUCUUGUAUGGUU